AUGGCAUAUCGUGUGUCUUCUCCUGAAGUCAAAGCCAUCACGUCAGUUCUCCACGCGUACGGGGCUGCUCUCAAGAGCCGCAACGUCGAGGAUAUCGUCGAUCUUUAUACGUCCGGUGGUGUCAUCAUGCCGCCUCACUUCACAGCCGCCGUGGGCACAGACUCACUUCGUGAAUCAUACACGCGCAUCUUCUCGACGGUUCAACUCGUCAUCACAUUUUCAAUAGACGAGAUUGUCAUCAUGUCUCCCGAAUGGGCUUUUGCGAGGACAACCGCCGAGGGAACUAAGACGAUGCUGGCGACCCAGGCUUCUGAGGAGCACGCGAACCAGGAGCUUUUCAUCAUGAAGAAGGAAAGUGAGGGGUGGAAGAUUGCGAGAUAUGCUUUUUCGACGAUGAAGCCUCUUUUUCAGGAUGGCGUACGGAGAAGUUGA